GCCCAUCGCCGCUGGGCACAGAGGGAUGCGAAACUGGUUGCGCAAAGGAUCGGGGCCGCUCCGGAGGCGACACCCGCCUCCAGCCGGCCCCGCCCCGCCUCUCGCUCGGGGCGGCGGCGGCCCCCGCCCCUGACGCCCGCUCCGCGGUUGGCCGCGGCGGGGCGGCGCGGCCCUGGUGACACGUCCCGGCACCGCCCGCCGCCGCGCUCUCGACGCCAUUUUGUGCGAGCCGCGGCCGGGGCCGAGAGGGUUUGGGAGCCGCAGGGAGGGAGCUGGGCUCUUCCCUGCGCCGCCAUGCCUUCCUCGCCGCUCCGCGUGGCCGUGGUGUGCUCCAGCAACCAGAAUCGUAGCAUGGAGGCGCACAACAUCCUCAGCAAACGAGGAUUCAGUGUCCGAUCCUUUGGAACAGGGACUCAUGUGAAACUGCCAGGACCAGCACCGGACAAGCCAAAUGUUUAUGAUUUCAAAACAACAUAUGAUCAGAUGUACAAUGAUCUGCUUAGGAAAGACAAAGAACUAUACACACAGAAUGGGAUUUUACACAUGUUGGACAGAAAUAAGAGAAUCAAGCCACGACCAGAAAGAUUCCAGAACUGCAAAGAUGUUUUUGAUUUGAUCCUAACGUGUGAAGAAAGAGUCUAUGAUCAAGUAGUAGAAGAUUUAAAUUCCAGAGAGCAGGAGACAUGUCAGCCAGUACAUGUGAUCAAUGUGGACAUUCAGGAUAACCAUGAGGAGGCAACGCUGGGUGCAUUCCUUAUCUGUGAGCUCUGCCAGUGUAUACAGCACACAGAAGACAUGGAAAAUGAAAUAGAUGAGCUGUUACAGGAAUUUGAAGAGAAAAGUGGAAGGACUUUUCUUCAUACUGUCUGCUUUUAUUAAAGCACGUCUGUCUAUUAGGCCUUAAUAGAAAUGAGGGAAGCAUGUGUUUCAAGUUCUGACUAUACUGUAUUUUCCUGGAAAAUGAAUAUUGUUCUUUUUGGUUUAAAAACUCCUUUUCAGUGUCUUUUUGUUUUGUUUCAGGUAUUCUGUCACAGGGAGGCAGAGAUACUGGUUGGCGUUGUACAUAUGAGAUGAUUAAAAAGUAUACGCAAAGGCCGCCUAUUUAAAAAUGCAAAUCAAGUUUUUCUUUAAAUCCUACUUCAGUUAUUACAAGUAGGGUUUUAAUUAUAAAGAGAAUGUUCCUUGAAUAUAAGUUUAUAAUGGAUUUUUCCAGCUUACAAAUUUCUUUUAUUUCAGUUGUGCUUUUCUGGUUUUUAUUUGAAUGUGACAGAAUGGCUGAACUCCGUGAGGAUCUGAAUGGAACAAUAUAAAAAUGAGUAUCUGUAUAUUAUUAAAGUUGGAAGCAUCCAAUAAAACUGAAAACCCUGGAAGUUUGUCUAUUUUCAAAGCAGCAGCUAAGUGUGACUGUUGUCUGGGAGGUAAAACACACAGUAGCUGAAAUAGCAUAAGAAUAUUUGUUCCCGGUGUCUUGGUAGUGACAACAGGAAGAUCUUGAUGGGAUUCAAAAGACCCAAACUGCAUCCUGUGUUCAGAGAGGCUGUGGAUUUGGGCAGCUCCUAAUGAUUUCUGAUCCUGUGUUGAACCAAAGUGAGCUGCUUUCUCUGCAUGAAUUUUAGGGCACUACCAGGAAAUCUUUUGGGGUCUUAAUCACUUUUGAAUUAUUGUGUGUGAAAUUAAUAAGACCGUGAGGCUGGAACUGUAGCAGUCACGGCCAGUUGCGUAAAUGUCUUCUAUAAGGAAGGGGGGGAGAAAUGACAAAUUCCACUGUCAAUAGAAAUAGUUUAAAGUGUUUUUUACUGAGUUAUCUUUUGAAUAGAAGCAUUUUCCUCCCAUACAGCAACAGUAAACGUGCUUGUCACAGCUCAAACUCGAGAAACUGAGUAUGUGUAUACAGAGCAAAAGGUCAGAUUUGUAUUUAGCUGAUGGAAGUUAAAAGUGAAAACAAACCAAAUCAUUAGACAUUCAAAAUGUGAAUGUUAAUAUGUUACUGCUUACAGGCAAGAGCAGAUCUUACAAGUUUUGUUAAAGGAAUGUGUAAACAACGUGGAGCAGAUGAGGUCUGGGUGCUCUUUAAUACUUGGAUAUGUGAGGACAACUUUUUAAAUAUGUUAAAAGUGAAGUAGCAUGAACUGGGCUUUGAGCUCCUGACUUCUCUCUUAUUCUGUCACAGGCCUGUGACAUCACAUGAAUCACUUAAUUUACCUUAACUUUAAUUGUUUUGCACAUGUAGGAAGUUAAUGUGAAGUAUUUUGCCUCGAUUUAGGGCAACGUUACCCAUCUAUGUGGACAACUGCUGCUGUGUAUGCAGUAAGUUAUAUGGCAAUGCUGCUUAACCUCUUGCAUUCACAUCUGUUAAAAGGCAUCUGCUUCACACCUGAAAUCUGAAGGUCUGUAUCUGAAAAUACUUCUUUGCAGUUGCAAAUCCUGAAGUCUGUUGAGUCAGGCCCCCAAAAAAACCUUAUAUGUCUCUCUGCCCCUGGGAUCUGGGGAUUGGCUGUGAUUUUGUCUGCCUUGGGGGAAAACUUAGACCUCUGCCAGCUCAGUCCGUGUCCUGGACAGUGUCCAAAUGGGUCGUUGCAUCAUACUUGGGUCCCAGGAAUGUUUAAUAUCCCUGAAUUACCUGUGCUGGUUUUCUUGUCUGUUAAAAAUACUUAAAGCAAAAAUUUGGUGUAGAGUGAAUGACUAGAAUAGAACAGUUAGGGGAUGGGGAGCUCAAGCAGCAGCUGGGAUAAGGUUUGCAGAGUUCAGGUUUUCUGGGUGGCUUGUCCUGUCCCAUUUCGUUUCUGGAGACUCUCUAUCUGAAGGAUUUCAUUCAGCCUCCUCUGCUUCUGCUCGUUUGUCUGAUAGCAUUGCUUGUUUCCAUGGGGAUAUUUACAGCCAAAGGAAGAAGAUGGUUCUGUAAGGACUGAACUGCUUUAGUCGAUCUCUUGAAAAAGAUAUUUCAAGCAAGAAUGAUACAGAGUAUUUUGAGCAGAGUUUUCCUUCCCUGUACAGUGUCAGUGCUGAAGUCUACUCUGUGCCAAGGUGAGAGUUAGAGUCUUUGAAAAUGUUUUCUGCUUUCAACUUAAUCCAUCCUAAACAGACCUCUUUGUUGUUAUUUUAUAGAAAUGCAGUACAAACCCAAACAGGAUGCUUUAACCUGUGUAUAUGGAGAUUUACAGCAGUGUCAUUUCUAUUGCAUAAACUUUAUACUUUCUACGUGUGUAAUUGGCAGAGGAUUCUGGUUGCUGUAGUGCCAAGUAUUCAUUAAUAGAACUUAAGUUCACUGCAUCUCCUCAAAUGAAAUGAGAAGUCUUGAUCUAAAACCAUGAUAUAACAUACAGGAUGUUACAGAAUUGUUCUUUCCAUCCUAAAUAUUCUGUUCAUAAGCAAAACCAAUGCUUUGAGCUGGUCACUUGUCAUUUUGUUUCUUUACCAGUGUGUGGGUGGGUGGAUGGAUGGAUCACUGACCUGGCUGGACAACCAAGUAUUCUGAAAGAUCUGCAGUCCAGUUCAAAGCAUUUCAAAUUGCUGUGAGCAAAACUGCUUCUUCACCUAAAGCUGUUGUUACUCUGCCACAUUACUUCUCAUUUAACUUACAGCUUAGUGAAAAAUGUAUGUAUUUAUAUAGUGGCUUUGUCUCUAUAGGCUUUGUUUGUAUUGAAAUCCACAAUGAAGCUCGGUUUAUAA